GUCAUUAUGAGCCGCGUGAGAGUUUACACACCUGUAUGGUUUCACACCUGCUCAUCUCAGUGUUCGGUGUAUGUAGCACAAGCUCAUCCAUAUUUCCUCCAUCAUUUUUAUUCCCAUCUACACAAUAUCUUAUAUACAUAUAUACAGAGAGAGGGGCUGGAGGGAGCACACGCUCUGUCUCUUCCAGCAGACGCUUAUGGAAAUGAUCCCCGGCUGGAGGUCAUGUGGGCGAUGAAGGCUUACAACCACGCAGAGGUUUACUUCAACCUCAUUUCAUCCGUCGAUCCGAAGUUCCUGAAACUAACGAAGCUGGACGACGACAUCUACUCGUCGUUCAGAGAAACGUUCAGAGAGCUCGACAUCAAGCUGCUGCAGCCCGACGACCUGAAGUCCGACGAGGCCAAAGAGGUGUGGCGUCCCUUCUGUAACCAGUUCGAAGGACUCAUUGAAGACUUUAACUACGGCACGCUGCUGCGUCUGGACUGUGAGCGAGAUUACACCGAGGACAACACCAUCUUUGCGACCAGGACUCAGUUCUUUGCUGUUGAGAUCGCUCGCAACAGAGAAGGCUGCAACGACGCCGUGUUCACGUCCAAAUGUGCAAACAGCUAGUCCCCCCCCCCAGGAAACAAAGGAGCUAGUCCCCCCCCCAGGAAACAAAGGAGCGAGCCCCUCCCCCCCCCCAGGAAACAAAGGAGCGAGUCCCCCCCCCCCCCCAGGAAACAAAGGCGCGGUUGAACUCCUCCUCCUUAUUAUUUAUCUUGAGAUGAAAGUUUCUUUAGUUUAUUAUUAUUAUUAGCCUCUGUUUGUAUUUACUGUAAAGUUUUAUUGUGCCAAAAUUAAAUGUUUUUUUAUUUUGUAACCCGGGAAGUUUGUUUGCCUGUAACCAUGGAAACCACGAAUAAAAAGUCAGAUGCAUUUUCUUGAAA